UCUUGGAAUUGGAUCGAUAUACGGUACGGUACACCGUAGUCGCCAUACGACGUCUGACCAGGCAGAGUACCAAACACCGCUUUAGUCAUGUUUUCUGUCAUCAGGAGGUGUCUUCUCACACAUACGACUGUGAAAUGUAUUCCACGAAGCGCAGGUGGACCUUCUCCAGUGUAUAUGCAGGUAGCCACGAUGAAAAACAUCGAGCCUUUCAACACUUUUGAUGAUGUCCGAAUUCCGCCAAAGCCCAAGCUAAAGUUCCUGAAUAAAGUCCCAAAGAAGACUCGGUACAGGAAAGUUUUCAAAGGCUUGCAUGACAUCAGAGGCCCCUCAGAAGUUGCAAACAAGCUCAUGUACAACCAGUAUGGGCUGCUGGCUACUACACCUGGUUACAUGAGGCAUGGCCAUUUUGAGAUGAUUCGUCUGACCAUCAAUCGAUUCAUUGGAGAUAGUGACCACAUGUUUGCUCGCUGGAGGGUCAACGCACCUUUCAAACCGGUCACUAAGAAAGGUCAAGGGCAGAGGAUGGGUGGAGGCAAAGGAAGUGUCCACCACUACGUGACGCCAGUGAAGGCCGGUCGUCUGGUGAUGGAGAUGGGGGGUAAGAUGGAGUUUGAGGAGGUCCACAGCAUCCUCUACCAAAUCUCUAAGAAGCUGCCAUUCCGCUGCAAGGUGGUUUCCAAGGAGAUCAUGGAGAGAGAUGCCAAUCUCUACCAGUUUCGGAAAGCGGAGAACAUCAAUCCGUGGACAUUUGAACGCAUUGCCAAGGAGAACUAUCUUGGCAUCUCCAAGUACCUAGGACCUUGCGAUUAUAAAUGGUUUGGAGAACACCGGUAACAUACAAGCAUGGAUUUCCUUUCCUGAACUCUUUGAAUGCCCGUAGAUGCUAUGGAAAACUAUCUUGGUGUCUAGUAGUUCCUGGUUCCAAGGACCUUGUGGUGUUAUAAGUGAUGCGGAGAACAGAUUUAUUUGAAAGGGAGCAAGCAUGGGUUUGCUUGCUUUAGGAGACUAUCGGGGUAUCUUCAAAUACCCAGUACCCUAGAACAAUAACAUGAAAACGACAAAGUAUGGAUUUCAUGGAGCUCUUAAUAAUGCUUGGCUAUGGACAGGAUCAGAAGGCAUUGAGCAAACGCUUCACAGGAAUACA